AUGUCACGACAGAGACAACAUAGCAAUAAUCCCUAUGACACUGACAGCGAGGAGGAAUCCUUGAUUGAAGCAUUUGAAACCACACUCAGCAUCAGACCCAGUACCACGGAUUAUGAAGACGAUAUCUCCAUUGACCAUACAGUAUUACCUAAUACUACGAUCAACUAUACACACGACCUUUCCAGCAUCGUAGAUAUCGAAGAACUCGAAGAGAAUGAGCAGAUCUCGGAGCAGAUUCCAAAAUUCAAAACUAAUAGACGAUAUAGUCUCUUACCUCGAUUGACAGCAUACAAAAAGACUGGAUCUCCUGGCCUUGAGGAGUAUUACAAUCAACAAAAACUUGACCCCAAGUUUGAUGAAAUUUUAAAACCCAACCCGCUAUUGGAUGAAAAGUUGAUCAAAUACCAUCAUACUUUUAGUGACUUUAUUGCAUCAAAUCCACACAUCAAUACAGAAUCGCCACGAUUUAGCUUGGAAUCGGAGAAAACGUUGAUCAUAUUAUCGCCAUACUCACCUGAACAUGCAUUUGGCAGGAAAUGGGUUACCAAGACGUAUUUGUCCACAAUUUUCGAGCGUCCUCAACGAUUAUUAGCAAGUUGUAUUGGUGUUGCUUCAGCAAUCACAAUGUACCCUUUCUAUUACAAACUUAUCAACUCGACUAAACGGUCAUCAAUUUUUUCUUCACAUGUUAGGAAAAUUCAUGGACGCAACUGGCCCAAGAAACUUUUUGAAUUGUGUUUGGAAAGCCAUGACAAAUUGGAAAACGACGAGUUGGAAGUGCCCAAGGAUUGGAACACUGGUGACAUUUACUUAACUCCAAAGACAAUAAACGCAAUUGAAGGUGUUAUUGGAACGAUCGAAACUGCAGUAGAUCAACUAUUUAAGCAAUCUACAACGUCGUCAGCGGCAUCAGCAUCGGCAUCGGCAUCGGGAUUGGCAACGGCAACGGCAACAUCAACAUCAACAGCAAUGGCGGCAGAACCCUUGUCUUCUAAAAGCACCACCUCCACCACCGCCGCCAACAACAACAAUAAUAUAGGUUUGAAUGGAGGAUCAAGCAAAAAGAAACCCAACCACAAUUUGGCAUUUGUUGUGAUUCGUCCACCGGGACACCAUAGCCACGCCUGUUUACCUAGUGGAUUUUGUCUUUUGAACAAUGUCCAAAUUGGGAUAGAAUAUGCAUUUGAAACGUAUGGUGUGACUCACUGUGCAAUAUUGGAUAUUGAUCUACACCACGGUGAUGGAUCACAGGAUAUAUGUUGGGAAAGAGGUGGGUUCACAGGUGAUUAUGGGCAACAAGAUGAGGAUGAGAUUGUGGACCCUAGUCUAAACCCACGAGACGAUUAUGGCAAGAGGUUUGCAACGUAUCCAAAAGUUGGCUAUUUCUCAUUGCAUGAUAUCAAGUCCUACCCUACGGAGCUUGGUUUCGCAACCAAGGAGAACAUCAAAAAUGCAUCAACUUGUAUAAUGGAUCAUGACUUGAAUAUCUGGAAUGUCCACUUACAGUCAUGGGCCAGUGAAGAUGAGUUUUACAAGCAUUAUCUGACGAAAUACGUUGCCAUUCUUAAUAGGGCAAACCAGUUCUUGAAUAACUCAAAGAAACAAUAUGAAGAAGAGUACCAGGAAUACCUCGUGCAACUUGCCAAAUACAACAAGAUGCUUACUAAACCAAAGCACUUGUUGUCUAAUAAUGACUUGAAGCUUCAAAAGCCUACGCCUCCGCCUCCAUACAAGCCACUAAUUAUAAUUUCUGCUGGGUUUGAUGCUUCUGAAUACGAGAAUCCACAAAUGCAAAGACAUGGGAUCAAUGUGCCCACCUCCUUUUAUGCCAACUUUACACGUGAUGUGGUCAAACUAGCCAAACUACAAACUGGUGGUAAAGUUAUAUCAUUUCUUGAGGGUGGUUAUUCUGAUGGUGCAUUAUCCACCGGAAUUUUUUCGCAUCUCAUUGGGUUAAAUAAUGAUGACGACUUGGCUUGGAAUCAUUCGUGGGGUUCAGAACAGGUUGUCAAGGAGUUGUGUAAAGGAUGCAAGAAGAAUUGGACCCCGUAUAAGCAUCCAAAAACAGAUAUCACAAUCUGGGCUAACGAGGUGAUCAAGUUGGGCAGAUCGAUGAUGCCUAAUGCCAUAUUACCGGCAAAUUACAUUUAUAGAGAUGCAUCAAAAGAUAAUGGUGGAACUGGUGGAGUUGGCGGAGACACAAAGCCAGUGAAUAGAAUGGUGAAAGGGUUGAUGGAUGCAAGAGGAAGCAUGGGGAUUAUUGAGAGUCCCAAACUAAAGAGGGAGAAGCAAGAGACUGGUUUUGGUGGAAGUGGUGGUGGAGUAGAUGGAGGGUCGAGUGUAGCAGGAAAUGUCAGACAUACGAGAUCCUACUACAAGCGUGUUGGUGGUUGA